UGAGCUCAGCUGAGUCGGCUUGUAUUUCUGAGAGAGAGAGAGAGAGUUGGGGGGGGAGGCUCUUUUUCUUUAGAUUCCAGAACUUUAACCCUGAAAGCGGCGCUCAGAAAGGACCUUGACCGUUCCCUACUUCCCGCUCCCUCCGGUCUCCCAACUUUCACUCCAGAGGGGUGCAAGUGAGGAGGGGGCCCUGAGGUUCUACCAUCAAGGGUGCUCCCGGAGGCUGCCGCUUGCGUUCCUUGGAGCCCUUCUGGCGCCGGACAGCUUGGAAGCCUUUAGGGAGAGCGAGCGAGCGAGCGAGCGCAAAGCCGAGGAGGUGUGUGUUGGAGGUGGGCAGUCGCUGCCGAGGCUCCAGCGGUGGGUGAUCCUUUGUAGGCAGCGGUCGCCGCUAGUCUGGGCGAGCCGUCCCCGGCAUAACCCCCCUCCCCGGAGCCACCAUGCCCGCGCCCCCGCCUCGCCGCCGGCUUCCCUGCUAGGAGCAAGAAGGGAUGUGGUGAAUGCACCGGCUUCACCGAGCGAGAGCAGGACCCUGCUCGGGCACAGGGCGCCGGGCACACCAUGGCCGACGCCGACGAGGGCUUUGGCCUAGCACACACUCCCCUGGAACCAGAUUCAAAGGAUGUACCCUGUGACUCCAAGCCCGAGGGCGCGCUAGGGGCCCCCAGCAAGUCUCCUUCAUCCCCGCAGGCCGCCUUCACCCAGCAGGGCAUGGAAGGGAUCAAGGUGUUUCUCCACGAAAGAGAACUGUGGCUGAAAUUUCACGAAGUCGGCACAGAAAUGAUCAUAACCAAGGCUGGAAGGCGGAUGUUUCCCAGUUACAAGGUGAAGGUGACGGGCCUUAAUCCCAAAACGAAAUACAUCCUUCUCAUGGACAUAGUUCCCGCGGAUGACCACAGAUACAAGUUCGCAGACAAUAAAUGGUCUGUGACGGGCAAAGCGGAGCCCGCCAUGCCGGGCCGCCUAUACGUGCACCCGGACUCGCCGGCCACCGGGGCGCACUGGAUGCGGCAGCUGGUCUCCUUCCAGAAACUCAAGCUCACCAACAACCACCUGGACCCCUUCGGGCAUAUUAUUCUCAAUUCCAUGCACAAAUACCAGCCCAGAUUACACAUCGUGAAGGCAGAUGAAAAUAACGGAUUUGGCUCAAAGAAUACUGCGUUCUGCACCCACGUCUUUCCUGAGACUGCCUUUAUCGCGGUGACUUCCUACCAGAAUCACAAGAUCACCCAAUUGAAGAUUGAGAAUAAUCCCUUCGCCAAAGGCUUCCGGGGCAGUGACGACAUGGAACUGCAUAGAAUGUCAAGAAUGCAAAGUAAAGAAUAUCCUGUGGUCCCCAGGAGCACAGUGAGACAAAAAGUAGCCUCCAACCACAGCCCUUUCAGCAGCGAGCCACGAGCUCUCUCCACCUCGUCCAACCUGGGGUCCCAGUACCAGUGCGAGAAUGGCGUGUCCGGCCCCUCCCAAGACCUCCUGCCCCCACCCAACCCGUACCCGCUGCCCCAGGAGCACGGCCAGAUUUAUCACUGUACCAAGAGGAAAGCAGAUGAAGAAUGUCCCACCACGGAGCAUCCGUAUAAGAAGCCCUACAUGGAGACGUCACCCAGCGAGGAGGACCCUUUCUACCGCUCCGCCUACCCCCCGCAGCAGGCCCUGAGCGCCUCCUACAGGACAGAGUCGGCCCAGCGGCAGGCCUGCAUGUACGCCAGCUCCGUGCCGCCCAGCGAGGCGGCGCCCAGCUUGGAGGACAUCAGCUGCAACACGUGGCCCAGCGUGCCUUCCUACAGCAGCUGCACCGUCGCCGCGGUGCCGCCCGUGGACAGGCUGCCUUACCAGCACUUCUCUGCUCACUUCACCUCGGGGCCCCUGGUCCCCCGGCUGGCCGGCAUGGCCAACCACGGCUCCCCGCAGCUCGCGGAGGGAAUGUUCCAGCACCAGCCCUCCGUGGCCCACCAGCCCGUGGGGAGGCAGUGCGGGCCUCAGACUGGCCUCCAGUCCCCCGGCGGCCUCCAGCCGUCCGAGUUUCUGUACCCUCACGGCGUGCCGAGGACCCUGUCCCCACAUCAGUACCCCCCCGUGCACGGGGUGGGCAUGGUGCCCGAGUGGAGCGAGAACAGCUAAAGGGAGGCCCGCUUCGUAAGGGGGAGGUGAGCGGGGGAGAGACGGUGGCAGAGAGGACCCCCGCGGGUGGCCCUUCUCCUUGACGGUGUUCGCGUCUGCACUUGAGAGCCCUGGACACUGAUCUAAUCAGUAGCUCGAAACCACAAUUCGAAAAAUGUGACUUUGUCGUUUCGUCUCCAAACUUAAAAAAAAACCCCAAAAAAAAAAAAAAACAAAACAACCAAGCAACCAACCAACCGACAAAGAAACAAACAAAAGAAAGCUGCGCCUCACCCCCCACGACCACCCUGCGCGUCUGCCGGCCGUGUUCACGCCACCUCCCGGUGUCCUCCGUGAUUCCUUCUUUUGGCCUCCAGAAAGCCUUUGCCUUUACCGAAGGGUUUUAGCCUCACGGUGGAGUUGGGAGUCUUUCCUGCCUCAGUGUUCAUGUUGACGUUGUUAUAUAAUAAAUGAUAAUAUAUUUUUUUCUUUCAGUUUUCUUAAUGGGACCCAGUCCCUUAUUUGGGGGUGGGGGGGGGAGGUCUGAGGCAAGUGCAUUUCACAGUCUGUAUUCGUGGGGUUCCCUUCGCGUCGACCACGCCGGAAACCGAAAUUCGCCACCCUGCCCUCGACUAAGAAGUUACCUACCUCUGCCGCGCGAUGUUCUUGAGAAAGUGCCCCGUGUCCUGGCUUUUGUCUGACGUUUCCCGCCCGGCCCGUCAUCGCGGGGGUCGGGAUGGCGCUGCGCUCCAUCUGGCCUCCUAUCUACUCAGCCCUCCCGUCGUCCCAGCUCUGUGUCUGUCCAGCCGUCUGUCGCUGAAAUGUGGCCUAUAGCUUCCCGACCGGAAAGCUUGCUUUGAAAAACUUAAAAAGCCCUGGUUUACACGCGGGCAGAACUGAGAUAAGCGAAGAGCAAGCUCUGUGCUGACAAGCAUUGCGAAAAGGCCAAAACAAAUAUUCGUCCUGAUAAAACACAAAGCCGGCCCCCCUCGCCGCCCCCACCCCCCCAAGCUUCCAAACCUCGGUCACCAUCAGCGGCGACCCAACCCGGAUGCCGUGCAAAGCCCGCCACCGACAUGCGUACCCGUUGGUUCGCCCCAGAGCGGUCACACCGACACCAGAUGCCAACACAAAACUGUGGUGAUUGAAAGCAGAAAACAGUAUU